AUGUUCUCAUUUUCAUGGGAUCCACUUGAUGUGCUUAGUCAUCCAUACCUGAUUGAUACACUUAAAAUAAUUGCCACACAUGUGUUUCGUUCUGCCGCCGAUUUCAUUAAUAGAAAUAAUCCUCGUGCCCAGUACGCUGCUAGGCAGUAUAACCCUGCUCUCCCGUAUGCUGGUACGCAACAGUAUCGUUCGCCUUAUGCGCACGGCGCUAGAACUUACACAGGCUAUAGCUAUCCUGGUCACGCCUCUAGUGCUAGAUCAUAUAGUCCUUACCAAUAUGGUACUCAGUACAGGUAUGCUGGUUGA